AUGGCAUUAGUUGAUGCACACUAUAAAUUUAUUGCCGUAGAUAUCGGGGCUUACGGAAGAAAUAGUGAUGGAGGUAUUUUUUCAAAUUCUAAUUUCGGAAAAGCACUUGAACGAAACAAGUUAAAUAUUCCUGAUGGAAAACCACUUCCGGGAACUAGUGAAAAAAGCCCGUUUACAAUGAUUGGUGACAAAGCAUUUCCCCUAAAAACAUAUUUAUUGAGACCAUACCCGGGUCCUCAAUCGUAUGCUGAUAAUACUAAAAGAAAAUGUAAUGACCGUCUCUCUAGAGCAAGAAAAGUGGUAGAAGAUACUUUUGGACAGCUUACUCAAAAAUUUCGUAUUUAUUCAAGAAGAAGGAAAAUAUUACCCAAAAAUGCUGACAAAAUUAUCAUGACUACUUGUAUUUUACAUAAUUUUAUAAAACAACAUGGAAAUAUUGGAAAUAGCACUCAAUUAUCAAACUCUAUAUUGAUAAAUACAGUUCAUAAUAUAACUCCAAUUCCAAGACAAGGAGGGAGUGCUAAUAGAGAUGCGUUUGAAGUUAGAGAAAAAGUUAAAGACUUCAUUUGUUUAGGACAACUGCCGUGGGAAUAA